AAAAUAGAAGCACGUGUCAAUAGGCGGUGCUGAAAAAAGCAGGCGGUUUUGGUAGACAACAAAAACCGGUAACACCACCGAGGGCGAAGCCGUAAAUGCCGCAGAGGGGAGAAUGAUCCCAACAUGAUCAGCGCUGAUGGCUUCUCAAAAUGCGGGGCGACUCGGCAAGAGACGGGCAGGAGGCCGCCUGCAGAAAUGCUUCAUCUUCUCUCCGCUGUCAUUGUGUGGCUGGUGACAGGAACCACCAUCUCCAGUCUCAACAAAUGGAUAUUUGCUGUGUACAACUUCAGGUACCCUUUACUGUUAUCAGCUCUGCAUAUGCUGACAGCCAUUGUGGUGGACUACGGGCUGAUCAAACUGAGGGUGAUCCGGCACAAAGGGGCCGGGGAGCAGGACCUGACCCCCGGUGCGAAAUAUAAGGUGUUCCUGCUCAGUUUGACGUUUUGUGCCAGCAUAGCCUUUGGCAACAUGGGUCUGAACUAUGUCCAGCUGUCAUUUGCACAAAUGAUUUACACCACGACUCCACUCUUCACUCUGGCCAUCUCGACAUUGAUCCUGGGCAAGCAGCAUCAUAUCCUGAAAUACACAGCUAUGAUGCCCAUCUGCCUGGGAGCCUCCUUCAGCAUCAUGGGCGAGGUCCAGUUUGAUCAGACUGGCUGCUUCUUUGUAUUUGCAGCGACUAUGUUGAGGGGUGUCAAGACCAUCCAGCAGAGUAUUUUGCUUCAAGAAGAGAAAAUCAACUCGGUCUUCCUGCUCUACCUGAUGUCCAUUCCCAGCUUCUGCAUCCUGGCCGUGGCGGCUCUUGCCUUGGAAAACUGGGCUAUGCUGGAGUCCCCGCUCCACUACGACCGUCACCUGUGGGUCUUCAUCCUGCUCAGCUGCCUGGGCUCCGUCAUGUACAACCUGGCCAGCUGCUGCGUCAUCACGCUCACCUCUGCCGUCACUCUGCACAUCCUCGGGAACCUGAGCGUGGUGGGAAACCUGCUGCUUUCUCAGCUGCUGUUUGGCAGCGAGCUGUCCGCACUCAGCUGCGCCGGCGUGGUGCUCACGCUGUCCGGCAUGCUCAUCUAUCAGAACUCAGAGUUCAUCGCCAGCUACCUGGACGCACGCAGAGCCAAAGCGAAGGGGUUGGGUCAGGAGGGGUUUCACACUGGGAGCGAAGAGGACUCGGAUCAUGAUAGUACAUCUGAACUGACCCCAGCAUAUCAUCAACAAAGGAUGGAUGGGAAACAGGAACACAAGGUUGACUGAACUGAGAGGAAGGAGAGAAUAAGAACGUUGAAAGAUGGAACUAUGGAAACCCUGGCCAUUGUUUCCUGCUCGCUGAGUUUUAAGUUGAACAGACAUUAAAAAGUAAGAGGCAGAACUGUGACCUGAUGAGGCCAUUGUCACUGAUGACUGAACUUUUAAAGUUCAGUCUUUUUUUCUACUUCUUCACUGUGCCAAUUUAUUUAUUUAACUAUUGGUCUCAUAGAACUGGAGUCUGCAAAGGAGAAAGGAAAAGAAAAAAGGUUGCCUUUAUGAGAAUGACAGUUCAAUUCUCUCCUUUUAUCUGUACAUCAUUCAUACAUAGCCUAUAGUGGUAUAUGCAUGCAUGAGCACACUAAACUGUUUGAUACCUCAUGAGGUGUCUGCACCGUCACUCACACUACUCCACUGUGAAAAUGUUCUCAUUUGUAGAGGGCUGUAAUACAUGUUCUGGGUGGCUGUUGUAGAUAUUCUAGGCUACAGAGAACCUAAUGACAUGGGGCGGAGUGGGGUAGAGAGCACUCACCUCAAAUAUGAAUGGGCACAAUUUGUAAAAAACAAAACAAAACAAAACAAACAAUAUAUAACUUCUGUUACCUGUACUGUUACCUGACUUUCACCUGGUCCUCCCACAGGAGGGGACUGGGUUUUCUGGCAGCUUUUUGUCUGUGUGAGGGGAAGCUCAAUAAAUGAGGAUGCUGCAUUUGUUGUUGUGCUGUAGCUGUUGCCUAGAUGGAAGUAACAGCCAGUAUUCCUGUGUAAUGGCAUGGCGUUUAUACAGUCCUAGUCAGAUAUGUAUUUUACCUACUGAAGCACACAUCCAACAGGAGGCCUGAGCACUUUUCUUUUGUCUUCCCUUGUGAACCUCAGCGUGACGUUCCGCUUAGGGCCUAGAUUUCGUCCUGUACUAGCUACCAAAAAAAAAGGUCUCCCGAGAAUUAGUCCAAUUACUUCCCAUCAUUUACAACAAUGCACUCACUGCAGCAUAGCUCUAUUAUUAGGUUCACAAAAUCACUAAGGAGUGCCACUCAAUUUUAGUCUUUUCCCUAUGGAAGACAUAAGAAAAAAAGAUUGAGCUUUCCUUUCAGGUUACACGAGAGCGUCUCAUUUGAUAGGUUCUUCUCUUGUGCAGGUGCCACUUUAUUAUUGUUAUUAAUUUUUUAAAAUGGUUGACUAGUACAUAGCUGACUUCUGCUGGGCAGUGUUAUUUUGAUUUUAUUUUUUUUUCCCCCAGUAUUUACAAUAUUUAAAUUUUGUCAUGUGUGCCCCUAAUGUUUUAUGAGGAAAGAAAGAAUUAAUUUGUUUUGUGAAUUGCCAUAGCAAUCACAGGCUUUGUACCACUGUAGGGUUUGGUCCUUGAAUGAAAAUAAAAUGAUCAGGUUUUAAAACAGUCCUGCUGAGGAUUGAAAUGUCUGGUAUGUGCAUAUAGGAUGAUCUCUGAUCUGUCAGAGGUCAGUAGAGGUCUUUUACCUAGGCAUGUGACUACAUGCCGCUGCUCGUAAGGAUCUUAAAUGAUUCAGGAUUAUCUCCAAUAUUCCCUCCUUCAUCCGAGGCACGCCAAAUGACUUUUGUUACACUGUGCUCGGCUGUCAGUGACCACAGCGGAUCAGUUUCAAUGUCAUCGCUAAAAUACAAUUUAGUGUGUCACAAGACAAACAGCGGUUAAGCCAUCCUUUGUUGAAGUUACAUAUCUAUUUUAUUUACUAAUACGUUUGCCAUAUUUUAUCUAUAUUUUGCCAUAAGCACAGUGGAUUGUACUGAAGAUUGUAUGUUGAACAGCUUUACCUGACGUGUCACUGAUUGGAGAGUGCACAGAAGUCUAAUUUCUUUUAUGGUUGAGGUUAUCUGAAGUGUAGAUAAAAUGCACCAUACCCUAAAAUAUGUUUCAUAAGCCCUCAGUAGAAAUCACUGCUGAGGAUUAAUAAAAAAAAAAAAAAAUCUGCAGUUUGUUAAAUGGCCUUGUUAUCACAAUAUGUCACAUAACUGACAUCAUCAACAAUCCUCAGUUACAAGUUGAAAGGUCAUGCACAGAGGAUAAUGUUAUUGGUUUUACAUUACUGAAUACCUCAAUUGUUAAAAAGGGCUUGUUAUGCCUUUUUAAUUAAUUAAGUAAAUAGCUGUUGGGGUGAGAUUAAGCAGCUAAUCGUCUCAAAACUACCAAGAUUUAACUAUGACCAUAUAUUAUCAUCUGUUUGUGUAUGGGAGGUAGUUUUAUAUCAGUGAUGGGGCAUUUUAAACAUACAUUUCAGUGCAUAGGCUGAUGUAGGCCUAUGUUAAGGAUACAUUGCUAGCCAUAACAGCUUUGUCCAAUUUAAAAAAAAAUCAUGUUUUGAUCAUCAAACUAUAACAGUCUGGCAGUUUGACUGGUAUGGCUGCUUAUUCUCACAGGGAUUGUGUUUGGCAGAUGUCAGGUGGGUGGGGGGCGCGAAGUGCAUAUUGCACUGACAAGGUACGAAGAUGCUGCCCUCAAAGCCUAUGGUUCCUGUGUACAUACUGAUUUUGAUUGUUUGCAAAAGUAGUUGGAUGUAAAUAGUUAUUUUAUUAUAUUUCUGUAUUUUACAGUCAUGAGUGGCUGGUUACAAUAUAUUGGCUCAAGAAUGAAA